AUGAGUCUAGUUUUAGAAAAAGCAGAUUAAUUCAGACAAAUCAUUCGUAUUUUAAAUACAAAUGUUGAUGGUAAAUAACAAAUGGCUUAUGAAAUUAGAAGUAUUAAAGGAAUAGGCAGACGCUUUGCUAUAUAAAUUUGCAAAGUGUUGAGACUCAAUUUAACCAAAAGAGCAGGAGAACUUACUGAUGAGGAGGCUCACAAGAUUACUGAAGUUAUCAAAAUGGUUCCUUAAUACAUAAGAGAUUUAAAAAAUGGUAAGAACUAUGAAGUGACAACUAAUGAACUUGAAACAAAACUUAGAGAAGAUUUGGAAAGGAUUAAGAAAAUAAAGUAUUCAUAAUGGUUAUGUUUGAGACAUCAUUGGGGUUUGAGAGCAGAGGAUAACAAACAAAAACAACAGGAAGAGGAGGUUAAACAUUGGGAGUGGAAAGAAAGAAAAAGUGAAAUACAUUUUGUUUUGUUUUUAUGUACAUUAAAAAUUAGAGAUACUCUAUUUCUUAUGUUUAACUAUUAAUCUAUUUUAUUAUUUAGUUGUUAUGAAUAAAUUAUAGAUAUAAAAUUUAAAGAAUAACGAAUCUGA